AGUGAGUCAGAAGCACAUGAGUUGUAAGAGCUUGAACUCCAGAGACCAGAUCAGGCAAGACUGCUUAAUACCAUCACAUGAUCUGCCCUGAGGCACCCUGUAUUUAAUUAAAAUAAGGAGUGGGGCGCAGCAGAGGCCAGAAGAGCACUGUUGUUCUUAGCGGGUGGAGCCAAGGGAGUUAAAAGUUAAACCUUGAUUGCCUGGGUCUGUGAGAAUUCAGCAUGGAAUGUUUCUCCUGUUUCCUGGGGUUGCUGCUGCUGCUGGCUGCAAGAUUGCCUCUUGAUGCUGCCAAACGAUUUCAUGAUGUGCUGAGCAAUGAAAGAACUUCUGGUUAUAUGAGGGAGUACAACCAACUCAAUGGUUGGUCUUCAGAUGAAAAUGAGUGGAAUGAAAAACUGUAUCCAGUGUGGAAAAGGGGAGACUCGAGGUGGAAAAACUCCUGGAAAGGUGGCCACGUGCAGGCGAUUCUGACCAGUGAUUCACCAGCACUUGUGGGCUCUACUAUAACGUUUGUGGUAAACCUGGUAUUCCCCAGAUGCCAAACGGAAGAUGUCAGUGGCAACAUAGUUUAUGAGAAGAACUGCAGAAAUGAUACUGGUCCAUCUUCUGACCAGUAUGUUUACAACUGGACGGAGGAGGUUGACUCGGGAAAUGGCAACAGCCCAGGCCAUCAUAACGUGUUCCCUGACGGAAAGCCUUUCCCUCACCACCCCGGAUGGAAGAGAUGGAAUUUUGUCUACGUCUUUCACACACUUGGUCAGUAUUUCCAGAAAUUAGGACGGGGUUCAGCAAGAGUUUCUGUAAACACAGCCAAUGUGCCACUUGGCCCUCAACUUAUGGAAGUAACUGUUUAUAGAAGACACCGACGGGCAUAUGUUCCUAUUGCAAAAGUGAAAGAUGUGUACGUGGUAACAGAUCACAUUCCUGUGUUUGUGACUAUGUACCAGAAGAAUGAUCGAAAUUUAUCUGAUGAAACCUUCCUCAGGGACCUCCCCAUUAUGUUCACUGUCCUGAUUCAUGACCCCAGUCACUUCCUCAAUGAGUCGGCCAUUUACUACAAGUGGAACUUCGGGGAUAAUACUGGUCUGUUUGUUUCCAACAAUCCAACUUUGAAUCAUACAUAUGUGCUCAAUGGAACCUUUAACCUUAACCUCACUGUGCAAGCUGCGGUGCCUGGACCCUGUCCUUCACCUUCACCCAAACCUCCAAAACCCACCUCUUUUCUACCAUCAGCUAAUGACAACCCUCUGGAGCUGAGGGAGAGUCCAGAUGAAAUGUGCCAGAUUUACAGAUACGGUUACUUUAAAGCCACCAUCACAAUUGUAGAGGGAAUUCUAGAGGUUAACAUCGUCCGGAUGACAGAUGUUCUGAUGCCCGUGCCACAGCCUGACAACUCCCUGAUGGAUUUUGUCGUGACCUGCCAAGGAACAAUCCCCACAGAGGUCUGUACCAUAGUUUCUGACCCGACCUGCCAGCUCGCCCACAGCACAGUGUGCGACCCUGUGGAUGUGGACGUGGCUGGUAUGUGCUUGCUGACCGUGAGAAGAGCCUUCACUGGGUCUGGGACAUACUGUGUGAACCUCACCCUGGGUGAUGAUACCAGUUUGGCCCUUACGAGCACCCUCGUCUCUGUCCCUGCAAGAGACCCAGCUUCCCCUUUAAGAAUGGCAAAUGGUGCCCUGGUCUCCGUUGGCUGCUUGGCCAUAUUCGUCACUGCGAUCACCCUUUUGGUGUACAAAAAACGCAAGGGAUACAAACUGAUAGAAAACAGUACUGGGAUCGUAGUCAAAGGCAAUGGCCUCAGUGUUUCCCUCAACCGUGCAAAGGCCAUGUUCCGCCCUGGAAACCAGGAAAAAGAUCCACUGCUCAGUCACCAACCGGGAAUUCUUUAACUCUUCAGCUUUAUUUCUGACCAACAGCUUACUCCAGUGCCAUUUAUGUGAGCUGUGCCAGAAUCGAUGACUAUUAACUUUUUUCCCUAAAAAUUAUUAUUAGAAUAUAUAUUGUGGCUUAGGGAGGUCCAAAGGUUUUUUGGGGUUUUGUUUUGUCUUGUUUGUUUGUUUGUUUGUUUGUUUGUUUUUUAUGGGCUAAAUGACAUUUUAGAGAAGUAGAGAGGAAUUAUACUGCGCACAACCUCAGCCAUGUUACAGAACUGAUAAAACCAGUUAGCAGUGCUUUUUUUUCAUUAUGAUGUAUGUUUCAGUUAUAAUGUGUUAGGUGAUUAGUGGGAUAGAUACACUCCAAAGAAUAGGGGGAGAAGAUACUAUUCAUUAGAGUCUUGCCUAGGUUCACUGGAAGGAGAGGCUGGACACUUUCUAGCUAUCCGUAUAACCAAAUGCAUAACUCCAAUGUAUUCCUGUCCUUAAGAUCAUGUUCCAACCUAACUGAAUUCUACUUCAAUGAACAUGCAUGAGCUCCCAGCAAAACAGUAACAAGCCAAACAUGCUUCUUAUACUAAAAAAUGUGUAUAUACUAAUCUCAUAAAUAGGUGUGAAUAUUUUUGUGACAACCUACCUUGCCCAGGUGUGUAAAGGAAUGGUAUUCACCCAAGGGGUACCUGGGUGGCUCAGUCGGUUAAGUGUCCGACUUUGGCUCAGGUCAUGAUCUCACGGUUCAUGGGUUCGAGCCCCACGUCAGGCUCUGUGCCAACAGCUCAGAGCCUGGAGGCUGCUUCAGCUUCUGUGUCUCCCUCUCUCUCUCUCUCUGCCCCUCCCCCACUCAUGCUCUGUUUCUGUCUCAAAAAUAAAUAAACAUUUUAAAAAAGUUAAAAAAAAAAAAAAAGGAAUGGUAUUCACCCAUUUAUUCCAUGGAAAUUUAUUUAGCACUUUCUGUGUAUCAGGCAUGUUGCUAGGUACCCGGCCCUGCACUCAGAGUGUUUACAUUCUUGUGUAUAUAUCUGGAUUUCUGUACACUCUGGUGCAUGUAUUUGAAAUUAUACAUUAUGAUUUUCCAAAAAGGAGGCCCAUGCUUUUCCUAUUGGUUUUCCUAUUUAAAUGAUAUAGUAACUUGAUCAGUAAGGGUUUUACCUCCAUUUGUAACUAAAACUACCAUAUGUCAGACAAGGCAUUCUUUUUCUCUCCUUCCUGAAAAAUAAAGUGUGAAAAGAAAUAA